AAAACUAUCAUCUUCAGUCUGCUCAUAGCCGAGUGAAAAACAAGACAAUAGAAAGAUUCAAAGUUUCUGAAUUUUAGGUUUAUCUAUAAAUCCCAUUCUCAAUCUAGGUCUAUCAUCAAUUACCUUCUCUCUGUGAAGAAGAUGAUAUCGCUUUCCAUUCAGCCAAUUGCCGGCUGUUCCUAUAAAGCAUCUACUUUUGUGUCUCCUUCUCGAGAAUUCGUCGCGAAACAUCCCAAGAACUCUAUCUCUUUCAGCUUCAAAGCUUCUUCCAGCAGGUCGCUCACUCUUCUUGAUGGAAACACCUGUAAGAGAACCAGGAAAUUUGAUACCUUUAUGGUUUCAGCUGUAGCAGCCGAAACAGUUGCGGAAGAAACAUCAGUUGACGACUCGUCUAACCAAAGGCUUGGUGUGGUUGUGAAGCCAACAAUACAGAAACCAAGAUUGGUGUUGAAAUUCAUUUGGAUGGACAACAACAUAGGUUUAUCCCUUGACCAGGUGAUUCCAGGCCAUGGCACCAUCCCUCUUAGUCCUUAUUACUUCUGGCCGAGGAAGGAUGCUUGGGAAGAGCUCAAAGUUUUGUUGGAGAGUAAGCCAUGGAUAUCUCAGAAGCAAAUGAUUAUUCUUCUUAACCAGGCUACUGAUAUUAUCAAUCUCUGGCAACAGAGUGGCGGCAAAUUGUCAUAAGCUCGGUUUUUCUCAGUUCUUACUUAAUGGUCAAAAACAACUAUUAGGAAAUUGUAAUUUUUUGUUGGAGCUUAAUUAUUUGUAAUUUUAAACACUCAUUUUCUUA